AUGGAGAUUCGAGGCGAGGUUAUAAAGCGGCUCUGGGGAGUCGCCUCCCCGAGUUGCCAUUUGGUACCGAAGCACCAUCGGCGGAAGCGGCGCGGCGGCGGACCACCAACCAUGCUGAAGCCGCGGGACCUGGGCCCGGGAGAGUCGACGCGGACCUUCCUGGAGGCGAUGAAGGCGGGUCGGCUGCACCUGGCGCGCUUCGUGCUGGACGCCCUGGACGGGGAGAUCGUGGACUGCCGGGCGGACCGGGGCCGCACGCCGCUCAUGUACGCCGUGCUGCUGAAGGAUCCGGCGUGGCGCCUGGCCUUCGCGCGCCUGCUGUUGGAGCGCCGCGCCGCCGUCAACAUGCGCGACGACGCCGGGCGCAGCGCCCUCAGCCUGGCCUGCGAACGCGGCUACCUGGAGGUCACGGAGCUGCUCGUCCAGUUCGGCGCCGACCCGGACGCGGUGGACUCGCGGGGCUGGAGCCCGCUCAUGUACGCGGCGUCGCAGGGCCAGACAGCCGUCAUCGAGUGGCUGCUGCGCGUGUUCCGGCGCCUCGGGCUGUACCUGGAGCGCGCCGACCACGCCGGAAGCACGGCGCUCCUGCUGGCCUCCGCCGGGGGCCACAGCCAGUGCGUGCGCGCGCUGCGGGCCGCCGGCGCCUUGUUCCUCGCCCAGCCGGAGCCGGUCCGCGGCGGCGACGCCGCUCCCGCAAUCCGUGUGGACGGGGAGCGGGAGCGCCACCCGGAUCGGCCGCGCCCGGAGGAGGAGGAGGGCGCGCAGCAGCGGCGCUGGCAAGACGCGGCGGCGGCAGUCAGCGCCGACCCCGAAGCGGCCAAGGAGCCCGUGUCGCUGCGAGUCCGCCCGCUGAUCCGCCGCUCCACGGCGCCAGACUGUCAAAAGCUGAUCGGCUGCUGA